GUCGUGUUUUCAACUUGCUGCAGCUCUCUCGUUCCCCUGCAGCCUAUUUCUGUCGUCCAUUGAAAGGAAAAGCUGGGCCAUCCCCUCGACGCGCGCCUGUGCUGUGGAGCUCCCCCUUGCUGCGUGCAUCGUGAUCUGGUGGAUGCAGAGUCUUGCAGAGAACGCAGGGUCACCUUCUGCCACUACAAGGGGAUAUACUCAAUAAUUCGAAGCAGAGGCUAUUGGGUAGUAGCGCACCUCAGCAGCAUCAGCAGCAUCUCUGGUGAUCUCCUGAAGGGGACACAGCUCUCUCUAAGGUUUAUGGAAGCCUGACCUCCCAUUGGUGGAGAAGUGCAUGAGGAACCCAGCUCUGCUGCAGAGGACAGGUUUAGACAUUAGAGUGCUUUGCCACAUCCAGGAAAAUGUCUGGCUCCUACGAUGAAUUUGCAGGUGCUGACGACACCAUGGACAGCUUCUGGGAGGUGGGGAACUACAAACGUGCUGUCAAGAGAUUUGAUGACGGCCAUCGACUCUGCAAUGACCUCAUGGGCUGCCUGCAGGAACGUGCCAAGAUAGAAAAGGCCUACGGUGAUCAGCUAACCGCCUGGUCCAAGAGAUGGAGACAACUCAUUGAGAAAGGUCCACAGUACGGCUCCGUGGAGAGAGCCUGGCUGGCCGUGAUGACGGAGGCGGACAAAGUGAGCGAGCUGCACCAAGACGUGAAGAACAACCUGCUGAACGAGGACGUUGAGAAAGUGAAGAACUGGCAGAAGGAGGCGUAUCAUAAGCAAAUGAUCGGAGGCUUCAAAGAGGCCAAGGAGGCGGAGGAAGGCUUCAAGAAGGCUCAAAAACCGUGGGCCAAAAAGCUCAAGGAGAUGGAGGCAGCUAAGAAGACAUACCACAUGGCCUGCAAGGAGGAGAAGCUGGCUGCGACCCGAGAAGCCAACGGCAAGACCGAGGCUUCUGUCACGCCAGACCAGCAGAAGAAGCUCCACGAGAAAGUGGACAAAUGCAAACAGGAUGCGCAGAAGGCUAAGGAAAAGUAUGAGAAGUCUCUGGAGGAGCUGAACAAGUGCACCCAGCCGUACAUGGAGAGCAUGGAGCAGGUGUUUGACCAGUGCCAGCAGCAUGAAGUCAAGAGGCUGACCUUCCUCAAGGAGGCCUUGCUGGACAUCAAACGCCACCUUAACCUCACCGAGAACCAAAGCUAUUCCACAAUAUACAGAGAGCUCGAGCGCACGAUCCUGGCUGCAAACACGCAAGAGGACCUGAAGUGGUUCAGCAACAACCACGGCCCAGGGAUGCAUAUGAACUGGCCUGCGUUUGAGGAGUACAACCCAGACCAGGCUGCUGCUCCUCCAAAGAAGAAGAAACCAGACGGGGCCCCACCCACUCCAAGCACGGACCAUGUGGCGCCACCUGGUGACCGCAGCAGUGUGAGCAGCUACGAAAAGAACCAAGCUUAUUCGACCGAGUGGUCCGACGACGAGCAGCCCGCCACGUACUCCGGCAACGAGAACGGUGGGAACGGGAAUUCAUUCGAAGACGAUUCGAGCACCGGGAGAGGGGUCCGCGUCCGCGCUCUCUAUGACUACGAAGGCCAGGAACAGGAUGAGCUUUCCUUCAAAGCGGGUGACGAACUGACCAAGACUGAGGACGAAGAUGAGCAAGGCUGGUGUAGAGGACGCAUGGACAACGGCCGAGAGGGACUGUACCCGGCCAAUUAUGUCGAGCCAAUCUAGUCACGGUACUGGACAAGGACAUGCCGUUGGAGGCAGCUUGAACUGUCCCGUCCAAUUGCACCGCACAUAGCCAGAGACUUAAGAGCUACACAUCCCUUGCCCAACAGAUGCGCCAAGCAGUCUUGCCUAAAUAAAAACUUAGUAACCUAAAAGACAAUAUAUCGGUAUAAUAUAUUUUAUCCAGUAUUCGGGGUGGGUCGACCUACACAUUUAAAACAGGAGCAGCAGUUAUUCCAGUAUAUACACACUCAGCUAUAACAUCCAGACAGUGCAGGAACACAUUGCUUCUCUGUGUAGCUGUAUUUAACAUGUAAUGCAGCUUAUUUAAACUUGCAGUACACUGCAGUCGUGUGGACAUGGGAAGAUAAUAUAAUCAGUUACACCCAUUCGACAAAGAUGAGCUUCUCUAACCUGCAUUGUGUAUAUACAGUGUGAUGCCAUUUUGUGUAGCAUUUUCAAUGCUGUGUAUGGUCAGUCGUCAUUCUUACAUCAGGAAUGCUGUGUAGUGUUUAAAGUACCACAGGCAGUAUCCUGGUCCUCCUUUUCUUUUCUCGUUUUUUCUUUGUGAUUUGGUCCGACCUCUUUUCCAGUGUGUGCAGUGCUACGUGUUUUUAACUGUUUCUCAAAUUGCAUAGCAGCAUGCGCUAUGCAACAACUUGCGUUCCCUGAAUCCUGCAGCCUCGCCUCGGCUACAACUUGAUGCAACACUUCAACUACAAAUGCAGAGUUCACCUCUUAGCAUCACAAGCUUCUGGACAUGCACACUCUUCUGAUUUCACUGAAAGAAGCUUGUCGAUGAACUAACUUUACGUUUGUCUUGAGUUUGACUUUUAAUUUAUUAUUAUCAUUGUUUAGCAUUACGAAAUCCUUUGACAGUGUCAUUUUCAUGCAAACCAUGGAAAGGAUUUACAGUUUUUGCGGAAGCUUUCAUUCUUGGUUCAGUCAUUCAGGUCUCACUUCAAUCCACAAGAAACAUGAGCGAUACAUUCCCUCAGAGCAAAGUUGGAUCAAGUCAUCUUGAUUUUGAGGAGGGUUUUGAGCAAAGCCUGUGAUGGGGACUUUUCUUCCGGAGCAAAGGGCCAACGGAGGCAUUUCGGUGCGUUACUGUGCGACACACUGGUGUCUGAAGAUUGCAGCCUCUCCAACAGGACAUGAAUGUACUAAUGUUCGGGCUUGCAAGAGGGCAUGUUGUCUAAACACUGUUCUCCACUGUUACUGAAAGCCCUGCCUAGCAAAAAGCACUAGUUAUGUGGCCCUGUUUCCCUGCUGAGCCAAAGAAUGACCCAAUACCAUCGACUAUUUGUUUUCUCUCCAUGCAAUAACUUCACAUAUCACAUGUGAACCAGCUUCAGUGAAGAUCAACUUGUAGUUGCUUCCCAGUCCACCCAGUCACUUGUCUGCAAAACACUGCUCACUGACACAGGGAAUACAUGUCAAUAGUAGUGCGCUGCACGUAAGACCAGUGUUACACAGUGCAUUACAUAGUUGUUUUUAAAACUCUUAACUUGCUCCAUAGAAAUUAAAUUUAUAGCAUACAUCAAAUGUGGAUCAGUGAGUCGCCACCUAAGUCACUGAUUGGAUGGGAGAAAUGCUUUUUAUAACUCAGUUGUCCUGAAGUUUUUAAACGUCACUGGACCAACAGCAGUAAGAUGUGUUUAGCUCUGUGUCUGGAGCAGGAUUUGACAGGUUUGGGUCUCACACAUGAGGAGAAACACAUCACCAGCUCACAAGUUGUGUCUUAGAGUAAAGCUGUCCAGCAUAGCAAAAAGGACUCCUAUCAUCAGACAGUCCCACAUCCUCAGUGUGCGCAUACACAGACACACACACACACUCACACACAAGCAAACACGCAUUAUGAACAGGAUAUACACAAUACACUCAAUGUUCACACACAUAGUCCACAAUACCAGGUUAAUGUUUUGGGGGGAAAACAUCUUCAUCAUCCAGCGUGUAUGAGUUGUGUAAAUGUAACAGAAAAAAAAAGUAAUAAAAUGUUUAAAAAAAAAAAAAAAAAA